AAAUUCGCUGCCGUGUGUCGAGUAUUUGUCGUCGCUACACCCGUGCUAGACUCGGACGGCGAGUGAGUCAGGCCGAGGAUAUUUUGCCUCCCACCGCCGUUACAGAAAAAAAUGACCGGACAGUCAGAAAUGGCCCGGCCGAAUGCGGCGGUGUUUCGAAGCGUUUUUCUUGCCUGUGUCGCUACUCUCAUCGGCCUGGCGGCGGCCGACGGUCCUUGUGAAAUAAGUGGUGGAUAUGACUACAAGAGGCUGUUUACGACAUCGUGGCACGUGCAGAUCCGAGGCAGCAGCUCCUGCGUCUCGUCGGGAGUCCCGAGCUGUUCAUGGACCCUGAAAUUCUGUGGCGAAGGGCAGGCAGCGCCGUGCGGCAAGGACAAAGCGUGCGAAAUUCUUAAUACCACAUUCCUGAGGCCCAUGGGCCAGUUCACGGCCCUGAAGGCAAACGGUCAGAACAGCUUCGUGGUGGAGUUUCAAGAGCCCGGGAACAACCAGCUAAAGUGCAACGAGCCGUCUAAGACACUCAAGACGAACGUGAUAUUCACCUGUGACCGCGAAAAGCACAUUCCCAUCGGACCUGGUUCCGUGGUCACGACGCUUCCAUACGACAGCAUCGACGACCGUGAUCCGUGUGAGCGUAAUGUGACCGUGAAGUAUGACGGAGCAUGCGGCAGCAGUGCGCCGGCAACAUCAUCGGGAGGACUCAGUACUGGAUCCAUACUACUCAUAUUGUUCUUCGUGGCCCUGCUGAUCUACUUCGUGGGAGGCGUCUUGGUCAACCGCAACAACGGCGCUCAAGGUGUGGAGAUGAUACCGCACCUGCAGUUCUGGAAGGAGCUGCCUUCGCUCAUAGUGGAGGGGUGCGUCUUCUUCGUCCAGCUGGUCACCUGUCAAACUGAACGCACGGCGAGGUCCUACGACAACAUCUGAAGACGCGAUCUC